CAGGAUCACAUACACAGUGCGUGGACCGCGUUGUCGCGCUGCACCUCCCGUCUGGACAAAAGAACAGGCGGUCCUACGAUGGCGACAGUGGACAACACUCGUCGUUCAACUACUACACACGAUGUUGACACAGCAAGAGGUACAAGUAGCCUCAUAGACGAUGGCUGUGCUAUGCAAGCACUGAGUGGCGGUGUAUCUGCUGGGGAGAAUGCAACCAAUAUACUGUGCAGAUACAAUCGGCGCUUGACUGCAGAGGCCAUCCGCCAGACGAGGCUGCAGAGACUGCAAGCAUUGCCACAGAUGUCAUGCGCUUGUUUGGACACCGACUCGGCUUUAGCGAGCGCCAACACAUCUGACACACACACCAUCAAACGCACGUCACGUUCAUUCCCCAGCGCAACUGGCCCAAACACACACAACGGGCCGUGCACACAGUCAGCGUUUAGUAUGGACAGAGUUCCGCAUGAUGCCACCACCCCCAUCACGAGUGGUGAGUGUGGUCAAGGGGAAUGUGCCAUGGACGGUAGAACGCGCGAAGAUGUGCGUGUACACACUUGCGGGAUGGUGGACCGGCAACCGGUGAAUCUAGGUUAUGCCACUCAGGCCGAGGUGUUGGGACCAUAUAGCGCUGCGCUCUACGUCAUCCCUAUAGACGCCAUCACAUACACCUACUCCCCGGCGUCUCAAAUGCGGCCCAUAGCUUCGCGUAUGAGCAAUCGGUUGCUAUCAGACCCUCAGCCAGCCUGUCACACGGCACAGGAAGGCUCUCAUGUACUGAAACUCAGCAACGCAUCCGAUAUGAUAUGUUCUGAUGUGCAUAAGCUCGAUUGUACGGAUAAGCUCCCCGGUGUCAGUGAAAGCACAUCACCCGAUCUACACCCUACCCCAGAUGCCUUGUGUAGGAUAGGAAGUCAACAUGAUAACAGGCAUAUACAGUUGCCCAAUGGGAAACUCUCGAAGUCUAGCCACACGACAGCGCACGUGGACACGGACCACAUGCGCACGGGAAACGGCAUCCAGGCCUUACGGGGUGGUACGAAAAUGCCCAAAGAACUGCUGAGGUACAUAUGCGAAGCUCUGAAUGUGUCCCCGAAUGUGUUGGCGACUACAGCCACGCCCACGCCCACCAGCACCCUGAGCCAUGAUGCUAGGGCUACCCACCCACCUCCCACUAUUCCGAAGGCGACUAACCUGGCCGGUGCAGGUGUUCCAUCCUGUGUGCCAGGGAGACAUUGGGAUCAGGUUAGUGCACAGCACGCACCGCAUGAGGACGGUAAGGGCUGUGGCCAAGGGCAGACAGACUGCGGUGGGCUGCUGGAACAGCUCAGACACAUGUACGACGCCGCCAUCACUGUGGCGUGGGAGGUACAAACCGGAACACAAGCCACACGUGCAGGCAUGUGCACACCAGUGCACCCGUUGCACGCGUGUGCCGUGUCACAGGGCACAGGAGUGUCCACCACGCGAGAGUGCAGGGGCAACAGUGUGUGCUACAGCCCGGCAAGGUCCGGAUCCAAAGGUUCGGGUGUUGCGUCAGCACUGAACAAUAUUCCGGAAUCCGAGGCCUGCGCGUAUCGCGAGCAGGAAAUGCUCUCGAAACCCACUGGCGACAGCUGUUCAGCUCAUGAGGCUGAGAGACGACGGGACGGCACCGCAGCACUCAGUCCAUCGCAGAAGCCGCCUGUUUCUGCGGCGCACCUGCGGGAGAGUGUGAGGAGGGGUACCAAAACACCGCCUGCUAGUUUAGACAGUUACCAGCCAGCUCAGAGAACUUCCAGCUCAGGCCCGGCCAUGGGCAAAGCCACGUCAACACCUGUUCUAACCACAAGGCGCUCGAAUGAAAAUGGUAUGGCGGUGGUUGCUAGCAGAUUGUCUGCCAGUGUCUCCUCUCCCACUAAAAUCGGCACCUCAGGUUGCCAUGGCAACGGAAAUGGGAAUGGUAGAGAGCGGGGUACGUUUAUCCAGCGACUCUUUGGCGGACUCUUCAGCUCCAGCUCCAGUUCUAAAAAUAGCAUCCAAUCACAAUCACUGACACUACAAACAAACUUCAACUCCAACACCAACAUCGCGCCCACACUCGACGAUCUCGCCGCAACACUAUCAACCCCCCCUUGCUCCAUACCCACAAAUACCAAUGCCAUUGCUCAGUUCCAGCUGAACCAUGAGUCAUUCUCCCGUAACAGUUCUCCCUCAACGAGUCUACCUACCACACCUAACUGGUUGAACCCCUUCUCGCGUAUUACCGGGUCACCCACAAGCACUGCGCACGCGUUGACGGGCUACUCGAGUGACGGAGAUUACAGCGGCGACUAUGGGAACGGGCGUGUCCUUGCAUUGGGCCCCGCAGGUAGGACAGAAAUCCGAAGGAAAACUUUGAUUUUAGUCACGACCCCUGAAUUGCAUGUGUUACCAUGGGAACAGAUACUCGGCGAUGACAGCUGCAUGCGCUUACUGUCGGUUGUGUCAAGCUCACCCUCGGUAUCAUCGAGUACGGAUGAUUGUCAUGGUUAUACUGGGAAGACUUCGUUUCAUAGCCCUACACCCGGGAGAGGCACGAUCGUGACUUUCUUUUCUUCUGAAAAUGAGGACGAGGCUGUUUUACAGGCGCACCGACUGCACAACAGUGCACGGAGCCUUGCACACCACCUCACCGGAGCUUCAGCGGCAGGACAGCGACAUGCGCAGCACACGACGUCGACAUGCAGAGCGACUGCCGAGCCCCUCCAACAAUGCCUGUGCGAGGCCGACUGCGAUUCUCUGGACCAUAUGGCCUGCACCCACAUCCCAUCCGCGUGCCGGCGCAAGCACGAGCAUACUGCUCCUACCGCUACUACUGCCACUGGUGCUCAGCCACCCCUCACAACCGGCAGUACCGUACCUAGUACCACUGGCCCGUCACAGACUAGUCCCAAGCACCCACCUACAGAGCCACCUCUCCAGUUGAGCACGUGCUGGUGCUUGCGCCAUGGCGACAGGCACACAUCGGCGGCUGAUCCGUUCCCGUCGCUGGUGGCGGUGGGUAAGAAGGUGUCGCGGUACAGGAGAGCGUACUCGAAGGAUGUCAAGUUUGUGGAUACGAGCGAGGGGGCGAGUGCGGGUCUGCCGUAUCUGACACGGGCUGUGGACGGGGUCAUUGUAGCUGGAAGGUUAAACGUACUAGUACUCACCACGGCGGAUAUGACAAGCGCCACCAACGGUCUUAUGUGCGUGCAGACCCUAUCACGCACGGCCGGUAGCGUAUCGGCAGAUGCCAAGCCUUUAGUUACCGUUGUUGUACCGGCGCACCUAGUUAAAGAGACCAUCAGAGUAUUGCUGAAGCACAAACAGACCAAAAGGGGCCAGUCGUUCCUGGCGCAUCUCAUCAGCUCCGUGGCAAAGAUCCGGGAGAAACACAUGACUUCAAUCGCUGUGUUUGGUGUUCCCGUUGGCCCCACCUAACACGCCACUGUAUAAUUCACGAGCAAUAAACCGAUAAUUCACGAGCGAUAUACCGAUAAUUCACGAGCAAUAAACCAAUAAUUCACGAGCAAUAAACC